UAGAGAGUGAACAAACUUAUAAGAUAGCAGCAGCAUGAGGCAGUUGUGUUUCGCGUGUAUUUUCUUGGCUUCUGUUUUGAUUUGUCAGUCAUCGCCAAUCAAAAAGUUGCAGAGGCGUGAGUUCGACCUGCACAAUGUUGUGAGAUACGCAUAUGACCGACAGGGCUUAGAAAAACAACUAGGAGAGGCAACAACUGUGGAAGUACGGGAAUUUCUUCAAUCAGUCCAAAAGGAUUUGAGUGACAUCGAAGCUAUAAGCCAAAAGAUAAUAGAACAUGACUGGACCACAGAACUGCAACUUACUGAAGAAGAACAAGAACUUCUCUUUCAUUUGUGGAUUAUGGAUUCCUACCUACCAAAUGUUGGAGGUGGUCCAAAGAGUCUUUUCUUGGAUGAUUGUAAGAAAGAAUACAUGGCAACAGAUUUUAGUACAGAGGCUACUUUUGAAGAUGCAAAACUCGCUGCAUUGGUACAGAUUUUGACCUGUGGAUACAAUGGUUGGAGAACGAUGGAGAAUGUAUUAGACAUAAGUGACCUAACAGAAGAUGACUUGAAAUCAGUGGGCACCAUGGCCGCAAUAUUGGAAAAAAUCUCCAUUGGUGUAUCAGAGAUGUUCACCCUUGGUCGAUUCCUUGAAGUUAUUGCUACAAUAGACGGCUCCGAGUAUACCGAUCCAGAAUCUUUCAACAAAGCUCUGAAGAGCGAUGCCAUAGAAAAAAUGGACAAGAAACCAGAUGGUGGAAAAAAAGACGAGGGAAUGUAUGUUGAUGACAAGGAUGAUACUGCUAAGCAAGAUGGUGAUGGCCAAUCCAUGCGUCCAAAACCCACGGCUGGUCCUAAGACAGAUGGCGAUAGCAAAACAAUGCGUCCAAAGCCCACAGGACAAAGCAAUGACCAAAAGUCUAGCAAUGACGAAUCAUCAUCAAAAGCUGUUUCAUUAGUAUCCAGAAUAAAUAGAAUCAGGGAUCUCAAGGCAAAACUCUUAUUGUCUAGGAUCCUGAAGGCUUUAAAUGACAGACGCAAAUAAAUUGACUGAAAACGGCGUAACAAAGAGGAAUUGAAUCGAACAUUUUUCACAAUUUUUUUUUCUAUUUAAAGCUAUAGUUUCUUUUAUUUGUCAUUUACAUCUUAGAUUUAGCUUUCUUAUUAAAGUUUACCUUGCAAUUUAAACAACAUAAUACUUUUUUCAUCAGUACAGGUAUUUGAUGAUGUUGUUUCAAUGGUUCUUUAAAGUGACGAGGGUGUUGUACUCUCCCAACACCAGACAACGAAUUUUAUGUACCCAUUUCAACCGGACGUGGUUGCAUAUGUUACAGUGAAUUUGUAAAAUUAGUAAUUUUGUAAAAUCUAUGACAUUUCAGGAGUUUUGUAUCACCACUGAAGUUAUUAGGGAAUUCAUAGUUAGAUUUUACAAAAUCACUG